UGAGCUGUCCACGCCUGAUCUAUGCGUCCUGCGUUUUAGGCGCUCGUUACGAUAGAAUUAGCUAAACUUUUCCAAAGGGUCUUCGAAUUCAAAAACACAGCAAUACUUUAAUUGGAUGAUAAGUUUUAGAGUGGACUCGAUUUGUUGUCGGGUCGUCAUCGUCUUCGCGAUUAAACGUCACCCUUGUUUCGCAAAAUCUUUCACAGCAUCCUGAGUUGAGGUGUGUUCCUCUGAAGAUCUGACAGGAAUCGGCUCGACCGACGUGGCUGCAAAGGAGAUACAUUGGUUUUCGCCUACAAGCAGUCUGCCAGUGCAACAGCCGCAUGAGUUUGGGUUAUAUGGACUACGCGUAGAAAACGAUGCAAAGACUGAGGGGAUGAUGAUGAUGAUGGCAGAGACGUGAAGUUCACUCCCACCGAGGUCGAAACUGGCGCUCCGUUUUCCCAUUCGGCGUUUCUGACGGACGGACGGAGGGGAAGAUGUCGGCACCGGCGUCGAAAAAGAACCGCAGCAAGGGGGAGAAGCCGGAGGCUACCAUGGACACCUUGCAGGCGACCAAUGAGGAGCUGCGGUCAAAGCUGACGGACAACCAGAUCGAGCUGCAGCAGGAGAAGGGCAAGGUGUGCAAGCUGCGUGAGCGGCUGCAGGAUGUGAAGCAGAGCCGGGACCUGGAGCAGCACAAGCACACGGUGCUGGUGACGGACCUGAAGGCCAAGCUGCACGAGGAGAAGAUGCGGGAGCUGCAGACGGUGCGGGAGGCGCUGGGGCGGCAGCACGAGCAGGAGCUGGCGCGCGCCAUCAAGAUCCGCGACGGCGAGGUCCAGCGUCUGCAGUCGCUGGUCAACGUGCUGCGGGACGGGGCCGCCGACAAGGUGAAGACCGCCCUGCUGGGGGAGGCGCGCGAGGAGGCGCGCCGGGCCUUCGACUGCGAGCGCCUCCGCCUGCAGCAGGAGGUGCUGGAGCUCAAGACCGCGCGCAAGCAGUCCGAGGAGGCGCUGGCCAACGUGGUGCAGGCCGACAAGGCCAAGGCCUCGGACCUGCGGGCCGCCUACCAGGCCCACCAGGACGAGGUCAGCCGCAUCAAGCGCGACUGCGAGAGGGACAUCCGCAGGCUGAUGGACGAGAUUAAGGGGAAGGAGCGCGUGGUGCUGGCCAUGGAGAAGGAGCUGGGCCUGCAGGCCGGCUACACCCAGAGGCUGCUCCUGCAGAAGGAGGCGCUGGACGAGCAGCUGGUGCAGGUGAGGGAGGCCGAGCGGCACCACGGGAGCCCCAAGCGCGAGGUGGCGCCCGCCAUCGGAGACGCCACGGACUACACCUUCGGCCAGGACGUGCAGAUGGACGAGCGGGACUUGCGGCGGUUUCAGCUGAAGAUCGCGGAGCUCCACUCCCUGAUCCGCAAGCUGGAGGACCGGAACACGCUGCUGGCGGACGAGCGGAGCGAGCUGGUGAAGCGUGUGCGCGAGGCGGAGAGUCAGUUGAAGCCCCUGCUUGAGAAGAACAAGAGGAUGUCGAAGAAGAACGAGGACCUCCUGCAGACGCUGCAGCGCAUGGAGGCCAAGCUGAAGAACCUGACCAGGGAGCACGCCGAGAUGAAGGAGAAGGCGCACUCACACACUCUGCCCUCCCUGAGGAGGCCCAGCUCUCUGAAUGACCUGAGCCAAACCCACGAGGAGCAGGAGAUCGAGUUCCUCAAGCUGCAGGUGGCUGAGCAGCGCUGCAUCAUCGACGAGCUCACCGUGGACCGCGAGAGACAGAUGAUAACCAAAAAGAACAAGAGAAAGGGUCUGAAGCUCCCUAAGAGGCAUGUUGUGGAGACAUAUUUUGGAUUUGACGAGGAGUCGGUGGAUUCCGAGACCUCGUCCCUGACGUCGUACACCACUGACCGCACGGACCGGACCCCCGCCACACCAGAAGAGGACCUUGAGGAGGGCAUUUCGCGGGAGGAGUCGGAGCUGCGUUUUCGGCAGCUGACGCGAGAGUACCAGGCCCUGCAGCGGGCCUACGCCCUCCUCCAGGAGCAGGUUGGAGGAACGCUGGACGCCGAGCGAGAGGCCAGGACGCGGGAGCAGCUGCAGACAGACCUGACGCGCUGCCAGGCCAAGAUCGAGGACCUGGAGAAGUCCCUGGUGGAGCGGGGGCAGGACUCCAAAUGGAUAGAAGAAAAGCAAUACCUCAUCAGAAGUAACCAGGAUCUCUUGGAGAAGAUCAGGAAGAUGGAGCGGGAUGAAGGCCGUCUGCUGACGGAGGUGCAGGACGCCCGGGACCAGAACGAACUCUUAGAGUUCCGGGUCCUGGAGCUGGAAGAGAGGGAGCGCCGGUCCCCAGCGUUCAACCUGCACAUCGCGGCCUUCGCCGAGAACAACGGCAGCGCGCUGCAGCUGCACUGCCACCAGGAGGGCAUCAUGGAUGUAGUCAUCCCUGAGCUUAUGAAGAAACUAGACAUCCUGGGAGACAAUGGGAACCUGCGAAAUGAGGAGCAGGUGGCGGUGAUACAGGCCGGGACAGUGCUUUCUCUCUGUGAAAAGUGGUUGAAACAGAUUGACAACACCGAGGCGGCGUUAACGCAGAAGAUGAUUGACCUGGAGAACGAAAAGGACUUGUUCAGUAAACAGAAGGGAUACCUGGAGGAGGAGCUGGACUACAGGAAGCAGGCCCUGGACCAGGCGUACAUGAGAAUCCAGGAGUUGGAGGCCACACUGUAUAAUGCACUCCAGCAGGACCCGGGGAGCGGAGUGGGGGAAUCUUUGACAGAGAGGCAGCAGGAGGAACUGAGGAUAGCGGUGGAGAAACUGAGGAGGCAGAUUCUCAGGCAGAGCCGCGAGUUUGACAGUCAGAUCUUGCAAGAGCGCAUGGAGCUUUUGCAGCAGGCGCAGCAGAGAGUAAGAGAGCUGGAGAAUAGGAUUGAAAUCCAGAAAAUACAAAUCAAGGAAAUAGAAGAAAAGUUUUUGUUCCUCUUUUUAUUUUUCUCCUUAGCCUUUAUUCUUUGGCCUUAGCUACCCCAGUUUGGCCAAACAGCAGGUGCUGAAGUGCUCCCGGGGGACAUGAGUACCGUGGUCACCACUCUCAUGUCAUUCAGUUAAAUUGUCAAACGUUGAUUUUUUUCCACAUUUCAAAUGGACACACUUUAAAAAAAGUAAA